UUCAAGCUUUUGAGAUUGGGUCAGCCUUCUCUCUCUCUCUCUCUCUCUCUCUCUCUGUGUGCUGAGUGGAGCAAGAGCUUUAUAAGCAAGACUUGCCUCAACCUUACCUACAUAAGGUGUGGGGUUCAAUGAGAAACAAUACCAAUAAAAGCUAAAAAGCUUAAAGCUCAAAGAAAGUUUAUUGCAGAAAGCAAGAGCUUUUCUUCUUCCUCCCUCCCUUUCUCUCUCUCCCACCCAUUUUGUUCUAUUAUUACUAAAGCUGAAACUCAAACAACCAUCUCCCACUUCUCAUAUUCCACCAUCAAUUCACAAUUGAUCCCAUGUUACAAGAUACCAACGUCACUGCUGCAACUCCUUCUUCUUCUGACCCUUUCACUUCUUCAGAAAAUGGUGCUCUUAACAGAAGAAAAAGAAAACCGGCAGGCACCCCAGAUCCGGAUGCAGAAGUGGUUUCUUUAUCUCCAAAGACUUUGUUAGAAUCAGACAGAUAUGUAUGUGAGAUCUGCAACCAAGGGUUUCAAAGAGACCAGAACCUUCAGAUGCAUAGAAGGAGGCAUAAGGUCCCCUGGAAGUUACUGAAAAGAGAAACUCAAGAGGUGAAAAAGAGAGUUUUUGUAUGCCCAGAACCAAGUUGUUUGCACCACGACCCUUGUCACGCUUUAGGAGAUCUGGUUGGCAUCAAGAAGCAUUUCAGAAGAAAACACAGCAACUACAAACAGUGGGUUUGUGAGAAAUGCAAUAAAGGAUAUGCCGUUCAAUCUGAUUACAAAGCUCAUCUCAAAACGUGUGGUACUCGAGGCCAUUCUUGUGAUUGUGGCCGUGUGUUUUCCAGAGUAGAGAGUUUCAUUGAACACCAAGAUGCUUGUACUAUCCGUAGAGUUCAGCCUGAGUUACAUGGUUUGCAGCCGGCUUGUUCUUCGAGAACUGCUUCGAGUACUAGCCCUUCAAGUGAUGCUAAUUUUAGCAUAGCACCGCCCUUGCCCGGUUUAACGAUGCAAAAACCUGAAGAGCCCGUGUUUUUGUUCUCUACUGCUCGAAACAACCCAUCAACUUCUCAACAACAAGAACACAAUCUUGAUCUUCAGCUUCAACCUUCCAUAUCAAACACUAAUAAUGCAACAAGACAUUCAUGUGAAAACCAUGCAACCCAUUUGAAGCUUUCUAUUGGAUCGUCGAGUGAUAUUGGUGAUGGUGGGGAGAACAAUACUGUAGCGAUAAACAACUUGAAUUUGGAAAAGAAUAAAGGCAGUAAUGAUCCAGCUACGUUGGAAGCAAAACGGUUGAAAGAGUUCGCUCACAAGCAGCUGAAGUUGGCUAUGGCUGAAAAGGCGUUGGCUGAAGAAGCAAGACAACAAGCGAAGAGGCAGACUGAGAUUGCUGAGAUUGAAUUUGCAAAUGCUAAAAGGAUUAGACAACAAGCACAAAGUGAACUUGAAAAGGCUCAAGUUUUAAAAGAUCAAGCCACAAAAAAGAUUAGUGCUACAAUCAUGCAAAUUACUUGUCAAGCCUGCAAGCAACAAUUUCAAGCUUCAACAUCAGUUGCUCCUCCAUGUGAUGAAACUUCACUUGCAAUGAGUUACAUGUCCUCAGCCACGACAGAAGGAGAGUGAUGGGGAUUUUUUUAAUCAACAAUACUUCGUGUUUAAAGGCAGGAAAUUAUUGCAAAAGAUCAAUGGAAUGGAGAAUCCUAGAGAAGCAUAAUUUUCUCUUGUUUAAGUUUCAGUAAAAGAUUUUGUUGUGUCCUUUGGUUAAGGACCGUUAGUUCGAAUGCAAUUGAAUUUUAGUUCUCCAUUCUUUUUACUUUGAUUAUUCAUUUCAGCGGCUACCAUAGAGUGUAAUCAUCACAAACUAAGCAAGAUGACAGUAACAUUAAAUGUUCAAGUUAUUUAUUAGUAAUCUCUAUUAUUAUCAUUGAUGGA